GAUACUGAGCUAUUAUUAUAAUUUUUUUUAAGAACUUGAACGAGUAAAAAUGAUUUGCGAUUGCGCACUAGGUUGCACGAUUAUUUGCAGCGCCAGAUUGCGUUCUUUGGUAGGGAUACGAUUAAAUUAAUUUUAAAUCUUUUAGGUUAUGUAUGUGUUUAGAGCGACAGAGUAACUAUUCUCUGGUUUAGAGUGUAAAUCGCGAUGCCUCUCUUGACUUUUCAACAAAUUUUGGAAACCACAGCGGACUUUUUGAGUGUGAUAACAAUCGCCAUAUGUUUUAUAUUGAAGAUACCCCAAAUAAUAACGGUGCUAAAGUUAAAACAUGCCAGAGGUAUUAAUUUAAUUGGACUUUUAAUGGAGUUGACAAGUUAUACUAUAAUGUUGUCAUAUAACUUUCGAAAUGGUUAUGCACUUUUAACUUAUAUGGAAUACCCAAUAAUUUUAAUCCAAAAUCUUUCGCUCAUAUUAUUAGUGAUGUACUUUAAAGGCUAUUUAAAUAUCUAUGCUGUAAUUGGAGCAGGAAUAUAUUUUACGUUUGCUGCAGCUUUUAUUCUUGGCAUAGUUCCCAUGUCUGUAUUGUCUUAUUUAGUGCCAAUGUGUACACCUAUUGGAGCAUCAUCUAAGGUUGUACAACUCUUAGAAAUGGUUAGAUUAAAGAAUGCAGAUUCUGUGAGUUUGUUGACUUGGUUUAUAUCAGCAUUCACUAAUGCAACACGUAUAUUUACGAUAUUAGUCGAUUCUGGGGAUUUUGCAUUACUGCUCAAUUUUAUAAUAAACACAUCUUUGAGUUCAUUGGUGAUGUGUACUGCUUAUUACUUUCAAUUCAUAUAUGCGCAGUCAGCAAAGCGAGAUGACUGAAGCUACUAUUAGUGUGAAUUAAUUCCAUUCUUUUUGUAGGCGAUAUAAACGGAAUGUGAUAUGUUUUAAUUCUUAAUCGGUAAUAAUUUUAAAUGGUAUUGCUUUCCAUUUGUUAUGAAUAGGUUUGAUGGAAACUUGUAGGAGCUAUUUAUUUUUUUUUUUCUUUUUGAGGCAAAUAUUUUAGUCAUUUUUUUACUACUUGUUAUUGUUACGAAUAUAAAUAUAUUUUAUAAAGUGUGA